UUCGUUUGGUAUAUUCAGUACUUAUGAGCGGCAUGCGGUUAGAGUAGGGAUGAAAAUAUACAAGAAUUUUGUUUCGGGCAUUGUACGUUAAUGAAUAUAUUGACAUAUGUUUAAUACUUUUAAAUUUCAAAACAACUACAAAAUCUUAAAUUAAUUGUGACACUAUUUAACACACUAACCAGUCGUUAUUAACAAUAUAUUCACAUUUAAUCACUUACAUUAUAGGUAACCAGCAUGUCAGAACAAUUUGUGGGUUGUACAGUUUCUGUGAAGUGUACAGAGGAAAUUGGAAGUUACCAAGGACAGAUAGUUGAUUUAAAUAAAGAUGAUAUUAUACUCUCAAAAGCUUUUCAUAAUGGUGUACCUAGUACUUCGCAAGUAGUUGUUUUAAGUACAAAGGAUAUAUUAAAUGUAGAAUUCAUAUCCAUCAAUGAAACAUCGAAUACAAAUGAUAUUAAUCAAACACAAAAUAAAGUAACUGUAAAGAGACCUAUUGCUAAAAGAGCUGGAAGGUCGUUCUCAGAAAGUGUUCCCUGUUCUGUUCAAUCUACAUCCUCUCAGACACAGCCUAAUUUUAAUAAAAAACCGGAUAAUAAUGCUCAACCUAUUACAGAACAGCCUGCGAAUGGAAAAGUUCCAUUAGCUGAAUCUGCUAAUAAACCAAUACAAAAAAGAUUGAGUCAUAGACAAAGGGCUCUGGAAAGGGAUGAACACACAUUUGGUACACCGAUCGAUCAGUCUUUAAGUCAAGAUUUUGAUUUUGAAAAGAAUUUAGCAUUAUUUAAUAAAGAGGCUGUAUGGCAAGAAAUAAAUUCUUUGAAGCCUGAUAUUGUUAGGCAAUCGGAAAAUAAUAGGGGAAGAUAUCGGCACGAUGAGAAUGUUAUCGUUGCCGAACCCACAGUUUUUAGACAGAUAACGGUACCUAGUGCUGGAGAAAAGGAAUAUGUAACAGACAAUGGUUUAAUAAUUCCUAGUAUAACGCUUAAUCUUCACCGUCAAUUAAUAGGAGCAGCCGAUCGGCUUGGAAUUAGUUGGGAACGUAGAGUCGAACUUCUUGGUCGUGCGGGUGCAGAAAUAAUAUUACAGCUAUUAGGUGGAAGUCAUCGACUUAAUCCGAAUAACGCGCAUCAGUGGCCAACGGUUGUUGCACUGUCAGGACCUCAUCGGUCUGGCGCGGCAGGUGUUAACUGUGCUAGACAAUUAUCUAGUCACGGUGUUAAAACAAUCGUGUUUGUAGAAAAUUCUGAAGAUAUUUUUCUUUUGCAAGAACUAUCCCUGUACAAACUGACAGGUAAUAAGGUAGAAACAAAAGUUAAAAAUUUACCGGCAGUGGUGGAUUUGAUACUCGUAGCACUUUGUGAUGAAAAUUCUCCUAAAAUGAUUACACCUAUAGCGAGGUGGGCAAAUAGUAACAGAGCACCUAUUUUAGCUAUCGAACCUCCGGCUACAGGUACACCUGGUAUACUUAGCAAAUUUAGUUUACUUGGUGGACUACCAUUGUCUCAUAGCGUCGACAAUGGCAGACUAUAUUUAUGUAAUCUUGCACUGCCAAACAAAGUAUAUGCAGAUGUUGGUAUAACGUAUAGGUCUCCUUUUGGACCAAAGUUUGUCAUUCCUUUGCAUUCCAAUAUUUCGUAGCAAAUUUAUUAAGUUAGUGAUCAUUUUAAUAAAGUACUUUACUUUAAUCUGAUAUUACUUUAAUGCCUUGCGUAUGCUAUUAUAUCGCGAAAGCAUUAUCCGGAUUUAUUUAAUAAAAAUCGUACACAACAGCAUUUAAUGUUAUAUAGUUCAGGUUUAGUUUGUACAUAGACUGUUGUAAUUUAAUGUGCAAAAUCACAUACAAUUGUUCAUUUAAAUAUAUAAGUAUACAAUGUAUACAAAAUGAUCGGGUUAAAAAGGGUAAAUAUACAGUGUUUGGUUUUGUAAAUUACAUGAAAAAUGAAAUGAUUUUAAUGCAAUUAUUUGAAGUAAAAUUAACUAAUACAGAAAUGUUUGAACAUUAUAAAUUGUCGAAAUUUAAUACUGUAUAUGCUUGGUACAUUUCAGUAAGUAUACAGUUUCUUAGUACAAUACAAAUAUAAUAUUUUGCUCAUGAAUAAUCAUAAUAGAUACGUUCAAAAUAUAUAACACGUGAACGAUAUUAUUCACUGUUUAUACUAAAAGCAAACAGAUCACCAACUAAAUGAUGGAAAUUAAAUUUCUUUUAUAUCAGAACAUGAAUGCUAAAAUUCUAUAAAAUAAUUUUACAGUGGACAAAAGUUUACUAUAAGAGAUAAUUAUAUUUUUUCAUAAAUUGUGAUAUAUUAUCAUAACGAGUUUGUAAAAUGAUUCUUUAUAAAUUAUCUGUCAUCUGAAUGAACAUAACUCCAGUCCAUAAAUACAAGAAAAAUAUACAUAAAGAUUUAUUACAUUAUUCGGAGCACAAAAUAAAUCGUGAUCAUUGUAGAUUUUUACUUGUUUUUACGCCUAAAAUAUUCAGAGCAUUUCAUUUUUUUUUUUGUCUUUGUAAUGUUCGUCAUAAUUUAUAAAUUAAACAAAUGUUUUUAUUGAAACUAUGUAAAUCUAAUUGCAUGUUUUAUUAUACCUUCUGCCAGGUUUUACUGAAUAAUGUACGAAUCAUGGUACUAUCUUUGAAAUUAUUAGUUACAACAAAUAUUUGUACAAGGUUUAUUUUAGUUAUAGAUAGCUUAAGUUAUUUAUAUUUUAUAUGUAAAUAUAUAUUUAUAUAUUGUGGAAAUUAAUCUUAAACGUUUGAUUAUGAUAAAUUUUAUGAAUAUUACUGUAAUUUUUCAAGAGUUUUUCAGAUGGAUAAAUAUAAUUAUGCUUAAAAAUAUAAUGUAAAAAUGAAUACAAUAUUGUGUUAAUUACACAUUGAUUAAAUCUAAAUUCAGUAACGAAGUUAAAAGUAAAAUUAGACGAAUAAUAUGUAUUUAUUUUAAUUUUUGCAAUUGGAGAUUGUUCAGAUUAUUACAGUAAUUCAAUAAUUGAAAUAAUACAAUUUUAGCAAAGUAAUACAUUGCAAUUACAGCACAGAAUCACAAUUAAAUAAUGAAUCGACUAUGUCGUAGUUAAAGACAUUCUGUAUAUUUAUUGUCAAGUUUCAUAAAUGCAGUGCAAACCAG